UCGCCUAUAUAAACAGAGACGGUAUCACAACACAAAAAUAUCACAACAAGCUAGAACAACACAGAGCAAGAGAUUCAAAUAGCUAAAACAAAACUUUCUAUAUUCAUUCUUUCAAAAAAAAAAAAAAAUGGGGAUCGUAGCAUUCAAUUGGGCUGAGGGAGGCAACAACCAACUGAUGCUGCUGAUGAACAGAGACAAUUGGGGAAACAGGGUCAUAAGUAAGGCAUCGUGGAAUAGAAAUGGCCAGAUCUUGAGUGGUCAAUGCAUAUAUAACAAAGGGACGUGGUUUGGCACUUCUAAACGAGGCCGAGUCGCUUUUCUCGUGAAUACAUCCUUGUUGUUAGACCGCGUUAAGGCUAACUCCGGCUCGGAGUUGUAUCCUCUUCAUUUCUUGGAGGGAGACAUGAGUCCACAGCAGUUUGCCGAGAUAGUAAAACAGCAUGAACAGCAUAGUAAUGAAAGACUGGUCUAUAGUCUUAUCGUCGCGGACAUGACUUCAAAUUCAAUGGUUCAUAUCAGGAAACCCGAGGCAGACAAGUCUAAUGUCGUAAUCGAAAACGUUACGUUUGGUGUGCAUACACUUUCUUCUUACGAGGGUCUCGAUUCCACUGAAUCUCCCAGGGAUUUACGCCUGAGCGGCUUAUUUAGCCAGAUGAUUGUUAAUUUGGGAAACAAUCCACUACCACCUCUAAGGGACAUUGCUGGAAAGUUUAUGUAUGAUACUGAGGGAGAAAGAGACGCGGUGUGUCUUGAAACUAUGGAUGAACAUCCUUCUGGAAAUUUGGACAUGCAACGCUAUGGAACAACAAGUACGACAGCACUGGUGGUGAAGCACACUAGGGAAGUGAUGUUCUUUGAGAGGUUCAUGGACACUAAUGGUGGAUGGGAUAAGCACGACUUCAAUUUCAACAUCGAGUAGAGAGCGAGAGAGUUACAAAAGAAACAUUGCGCAGCAUCCAAAUCAUAUUACUAUCUUUAGUUAUUAAAUAAUCGUGUUGAUGCUGUUUAUUAUAGAUAUCUCUAAUUAAUCUUGUGUCGACUCAGGGAAACCUAUUUCCCUUGGUCAGUCUAUGAACAUUAUUAUGAUGCUUAAUAUAAAUACUUUAUUUUCUAAAGUUCAA